GAACACGAGACGACACAUCCACCAUUGCAGUGGCUCCACCUCUCUGGUGCACUGCGACAGAGCCCUUUGAGGAGCACCAUGUGGCCCAGUUAUUGAGGCCUUUCUUCACCGACCCCAGCUUGGGCCGCCACCUCUCUCUGGACGGGGCGCUGGCCCACCACCUCCACCAGUGCUCCUACCACCUCCGCCUCUUCAGAAACUGGCUCAUCUCCGGCCAGGACCCCCUAGAGUACCUCUACGGCUUUGAAGGCUGCUCCAUGGUGCCCUCCAUCUACCCUCUGGAAACGCUGCACAACUCACUGUCGCUAAAACAGGUCAACGAGUUCCUCACCGGAGUGUGUGAGAGUGCCGGGGACCCACACACCAGGACUACCAGAGCUCUGUCAGCCAUGUUCGACACACACAACCAGCCUUCAGUGGACUCGUACAUCCCUCAGAGAGUCCUGUCUUCUUCCAUCUCCCUCAGAUCUCGCUCUGACAGACCUCCUUGGUACAGCAGCGGUCCGUCCAGCACAGUGUCCAGCGCUGGGCCGUCCUCUCCCACCACAGCUGACACUUCCCCACGCUUCAGUUUCAGCGAUAAGAUCUCCCUCACCUCUCAGAGCAGUGAGGAAAUUCACUCAUCUCAAAACAUUUCCUCUCAGCCAGUGCCUCUCAUCGGGUCACAGGUCCUCGACCCAGCUGGCCCUGCGGCUUCCAGCCCCGCCGAAGUCCCACUGACUCCAAACAACUCACCAGAGGAUGCUGACCUCACUGGUCACCAGUCAGAUAAUGCUGAGCCCGAGCAGGACGGACCAGACGUGGCCUCUGCCGCAGUGGAACUAUCGGAUCCUGACCUGAGGCCGGCCUGCUCUGCGUUGGCUGAGCUGGCUCUGGGUCGCAUGGAGGGUUACUGCCUCCCCAGCUCUCUGCCUGUGCUUCUGGAGCUCAGAGAGAGCAGCAGUGAGGCGGGCUCCAGCUCCCAGACACCUCAGUCUCCUGAGGGGCCUGAUGAGUUCUUUGACACCCAGGAGUCCAUGGAGCUGUGGAUGGACAGUCCAGAGAGCCUCCCCCAGCCUGAGACGCCUCUGGAGGGUGGAGCCACUCACCCAGCUGAGCUGUAGAGCGUCUGUCUAACGUGGCUGAAUCUGCAGCUCUACAUCCUUGUUGUCAAUCAUUAUCUAACCAGGCCUCCGCUCUGCUCGAGGACUGAGUUGAGCUGUGUCCUGUGUUGGAGAAUCAUAAGAUGAUGUCGUAUCGUUGCCUUUCCUCCGGCUCAGUCCGUCUGUGUCGGUCUUAAAGGUGAAGCUGUGUCGUAAAGCUCAACUUACACAACUCAUAUAAAACUCUCUCUCCUUAAAGCUGCAUUAAUCAAUAUUUGGCCACGAGGGGGCAGACAAACUGACCCACACCCUCAAAUCUGUCUGAGUGAUGUUCAUCAUCCACCUGAUGAACGUAAAUCCAGUGUGUUUUCAGCCUGAAGCUGUUUCCUCCUCUGUUCUCCGGCUCCUGGCUGAUGUCUGAUAGUUCGAGCAGGUCGUGCUCAGAAUCCUUUUGUGUUACCACAUGUGAUCAGUUGAUUGUGACUCUAAAUAUAUUGAUUAAUGGAGCUUUAGAUGGUGUGAACUCUCCGCUCUCUUACCUUCAGCUGCAGUAGUGAAGUUAUAGCCUCGGUAUCAGAUCAGCAGCUUCACCUUAUCGUCAAAACAUGAGCACAAACGUUCCUGUUCUACAAGUUUGUAACAGGACGAAGUGACGUAAAGUGAAAACAGGAAAGAAACAAUGGCUGGUUCUUCAUCACGCUCGAGCGUCUGUGGCUUCAUGUUCAGAACCUGAGCGACAGCGGCUGAAUCUUCAUUACUGCCAGCAACACGUGUGAGUUUCAAAUGUGCGUAAUCUCCAGGUCAAAGCGUGUGUGCGCUGCUUACUGCCAAAGUCCUGAAGCCUCAUCGAAGAUUUAAUAUAAUCAGUAGAAAAAGAUGGAGACGAUAUUUAUUUUGAAACUGCAGCUUGAAGAGAAAUAUCUGGUAUUUUUAAAAGCUUCACAUUAGAUAUUUAAUUGUACCAUAGCUAAUGUAUAUUCUUUGUGAAAUCUAAAAUCAUUUUAUCACUGGACAAACAGGGGGGGCAUUUUACAUUCAGUGCUUUUAUUGUGGCGAGCAGUGAUGUAGCAGGUGUGGGGGGGGAGGUUCAUGUUACAUUGUGAUGUUCAGACGUGUAAAACACAACUGUGAGUCUGACGUGUCUGUGUACAGAUUAAAAACAUAACAACACA